AUGGCUAUUCCGAUCCCGACUCGUCAGUUAUUCAUUAACGGCGACUGGAAAGCCCCCCUCCUUAACAAACGGAUUCCCGUCAUCAAUCCCGCCACCCAAAACAUCAUUGGUGAUAUCCCUGCCGCUACUAAGGAAGACGUCGACGCCGCCGUCGCCGCCGCUAAAACUGCUCUCACACGUAACAAAGGCGCUGAUUGGGCUACCGCUUCUGGCGCUGUUCGUGCACGCUAUCUACGCGCUAUCGCCGCUAAGGUUACUGAGAAAAAGCCUGAACUAGCGAAGCUUGAAUCUAUCGAUUGUGGAAAACCACUCGAUGAAGCCGCGUGGGACAUCGAUGAUGUUGCUGGUUGCUUUGAGUAUUAUGCUGAUCUUGCUGAAAAAUUGGAUGAUAGACAAAAGUCUCCGGUGUCUCUUCCGAUGGAUACAUUCAAGAGUCAUGUGCUUAGGGAACCUAUUGGUAUUGUUGGAUUGAUAACUCCAUGGAAUUAUCCUAUGUUGAUGGCUACGUGGAAGGUUGCUCCUGCUCUUGCUGCGGGCUGUGCUGCGAUAUUGAAGCCAUCUGAAUUGGCAUCUUUAACCUGCUUGGAGUUGGGCGAAAUAUGCAAAGAAGUAGGCCUUCCUCCAGGUGUGUUGAAUAUUCUCACUGGAUUAGGUCCUGAAGCUGGUGCUCCUUUGGCAACGCAUCCUGAUGUUGACAAGGUUGCUUUUACUGGAAGCUCUGCAACUGGAAGCAAAAUUAUGACAGCUGCAGCUCAGCUAGUCAAGCCUGUUUCACUGGAGCUUGGUGGAAAAAGCCCAUUAGUUGUUUUUGAGGAUGUUGACCUUGAUAAGGCUGCUGAAUGGGCCAUCUUUGGCUGCUUCUGGACAAAUGGUCAGAUAUGCAGUGCAACUUCCCGUCUUAUUGUACAUGAAAGUAUAGCAACAGAAUUUUUGAAUAGGAUUGUGAAAUGGAUCAAAAACAUCAAAAUUUCAGAUCCCUUGGAAGAAGGUUGCAGGCUAGGACCUGUUGUUAGUGAAGGACAGUAUGAAAAAAUAUUGAAGUUUGUCUCAAAUGCUAAAAGCGAGGGUGCAACCAUUUUGACUGGUGGGUCUCGACCAGAGCAUCUAAAGAAAGGAUUCUUUAUUGAACCAACCAUCAUAACCGAUGUGACUACUUCCAUGCAAAUUUGGAGAGAAGAAGUAUUUGGACCUGUCCUCUGUGUAAAAACAUUUAGUACUGAGGAAGAAGCUAUUGAUCUAGCAAAUGACACUGUCUAUGGCUUAGGUGCUGCUGUAAUAUCAAAUGAUCUAGAAAGAUGUGAGCGCGUUACUAAGGCUUUUAAGGCCGGAAUUGUAUGGGUCAAUUGCUCUCAACCAUGCUUCACUCAAGCUCCAUGGGGAGGUGUCAAACGUAGUGGUUUUGGCCGUGAACUAGGAGAAUGGGGACUUGACAAUUACUUGAGCGUGAAGCAAGUGACUCAGUAUAUCUCUGAGGAACCAUGGGGCUGGUACCAGCCUCCUGCAAAACUGUGA